UGGGGAGCCCCUCCGGCCGGCGCGCGGCCUCCAGUUCCCCUGUGGGCUCCAGACUCCUCCCUUCACCUCCUUUCUUCCCCGCCCCCCACCGUCCCCUUCUCUGCUUUUUCCCCUGUCCUGUUCCCUCUCACCCCGCACGGCCUUCCCCGCCCUCGCCUCUCUCUGCCUGGGUUUUGGUCUGGUCUGGCAGGAAGGUGUCAGCUCAAACGUUCCCUUUUUGCUUCUGUCAUGGGGUCUCGGGUUAGGCCGGGUCAGCGCCUGGGGGAGGCACCCCCUCCCCCCACCAAACCUACAAGAGCUGCAGAGAGACGAGGCGGCGGCUGCUGUGCUGGGUGCAGUGAGGAGGAGGCCCUCGGUGGUGCCCAUGGCUGGCCAGGACCCCGCGCUGAGCACGAGUCACCCGUUCUACGACGUGGCCAGACAUGGCAUUCUGCAGGUGGCAGGGGACGACCGCUUUGGAAGACGCGUUGUCACGUUCAGCUGCUGCCGGAUGCCACCCUCCCAUGAGCUGGACCACCAGCGGCUGCUGGAGUAUUUGAAGUACACGCUGGACCAGUACGUCGAGAACGAUUAUACCAUCGUCUAUUUCCACUACGGGCUGAACAGCAGGAACAAGCCAUCCCUGGGCUGGCUCCAGAGCGCAUACAAGGAGUUUGACAGGAAAUACAAGAAGAACUUGAAGGCCCUCUACGUGGUGCACCCCACCAGCUUCAUCAAGGUCCUGUGGAACAUCUUCAAGCCGCUCAUCAGUCACAAGUUUGGGAAAAAAGUCACCUAUUUCAACUACCUGAGCGAGCUCCAUGAACACCUUAAAUACGACCAGCUGAUAAUCCCUCCCGAAGUUCUGCGGUACGAUGAGAAGCUCCAGAGCCUGCACGAGGGCCGGAUGCCGCCUCCCACCAAGACGCCGCCCCCGCGGCCCCUGCUGCCCACCCAGCAGUUUGGCGUCAGUCUGCAAUACCUCAAAGACAAAAAUCAAGGCGAACUCAUCCCCCCCGUGCUGAGGUUCACAGUGACGUACCUGAGACAGAAAGGCCUGCACACCGAGGGCCUGUUCCGGAGAUCCGCCAGCGUGCAGACCGUCCGCGAGAUCCAGAGGCUCUACAACCAAGGGAAGCCUGUGAACUUUGACGACUACGGGGACAUUCACAUCCCUGCGGUGAUCCUGAAGACCUUCCUGCGAGAGCUGCCGCAGCCGCUUCUGACCUUCCAGGCCUACGAGCAGAUUCUCGGGAUCACUUGUGUGGAGAGCAGCCUGCGCGUCACCUGCUGCCGCCAGAUCCUACGGAGCCUUCCAGAGCACAACUAUGUUGUCCUCCGUUACCUCAUGGGCUUCCUGCACGCGGUGUCCCAGGAGAGCAUCUUCAACAAAAUGAACAGCUCUAACCUGGCCUGUGUCUUUGGGCUGAAUUUGAUCUGGCCAUCCCAGGGGUCCUCGUCCCUGAGUGCCCUUGUGCCCCUGAACCUGUUCACGGAGCUGCUGAUCGAGUACUAUGAAAAGAUAUUCAGCGCCCCGGAGGCAUCUGGGGAGCACAGCCUGGCACCGCCGCAACAGGGGAGCAGGGCAGCCCCUUUGCAGGAGGCUGUGCCGCGGACACGAGCCACCGGCCUCACACCUACCAUACCUCCGAGUCCCCUGACGGUGGCCAGAAGACGGCUCUAGUGUUGCAAACAUUCUGUGUAUUUCAAGCUACCUCCCACCCCUGUCUGUGCACUGUGUGUUCUGUAAACUUGCCAUCUGUAAAAAUAACCCGGCCUUAGAUGAACUCACAACCUUCUAAUGAAAACUCCAUGCCUCUGGUCCCUGGACUCCGCCAUGGUUCCUGAGCUGUGGACCGGGCUAGAGUAAUGCAUUUGUUAAGAUGGAUGUUUUGAAUCGUAACUCAAUGCGGUUUAACUGAAAACGGGAAUGGAGUGGCUAGGGGCUCGCCCUGCUGCUGCCGCCACGCUGCUGGGUAACACACCGCCCAAGCCCAGUCACUGAAAGCAGCUGCUCCUCAUUAUUGCCCAUGUGUCAGUAGGUCAGCUGGGUGGGUCUGUUCUCCUGCAGGUGUGCCAAGUCCUUCCAAUGGCUGAACAAGGGCACAUUCUCAUAACAUAGGCCCAGGCACACACACAAGCGCUACUGCAGUUUUCAUGCUUUGACUGGCGUCCUGUAUGCUCACAUCCCACUGGCCAAAGCAAGCCUGGUGGCCAAGGCCAGAGUCACUGUGGGAGGGCCCUGCAAAGAGGUGGAUAUGGGGAGGGUGAAGAAUUGGGAAUAAAGCAGCCAAGCUGCCCAAGGGCUCUGGGGUGCGACAGGACUCUGCAAUCAGGCAGGCUGACUCCUCUGGCUAGAUGGGUCCUGUGCGUCCAUCAAAGAUGGCAGAGGAUACAACUCUUAGUGUCACCUUCCCCGCAAAAAAGCCCUAGCUUCACUGUGAUUGGACAAGGUUAGGUCACAUGCUCACCUUGGACCCAUCGCUGCAGCCAGGGAAGGCUCUGAUUGGCUUAGGCCUGAGUCCUGUGCCCCGCCCCCGGGGCCGGGAUGAAGCCCCACCGAGACCUAGCAGGGGGGGAGGAGUGACAGCCUCUGCAGGGGAUUACUCUCGAGCCCCACGCUGCUGUCUCCCCAGCUCUUGCUGCAGGGAGAAGCGGGGGAGGUUUGGGGGAGCAAACAGAAGUCCCCUCCGCAGAGCCCCCGUGGCGGGCCCCCCGUGCCUGCAUGGGGUGUUGACCUAGUUGCGCCGGGACCCCUGUACCCGUUCGGAUGCUUGGGGGAAUCACUGGCAGCCCCAGGCCAAACCCACGCCCAGGGCUCUGCUCUGAACUUGGAGGGUGAGGUCUCCUCGCUGGCCUCCUCCCUUUUCACUUGCAUCUUCCUAUUAUUCUCCAGCCCCUUGUCUGCCGCUGUGUUUUCUACCCUGCUAGUGCUUGCUGUCCUUAAGGGAGGGGCCUGUGUGGCUGCCAAGCGACCCCCCACACCUAUCGGUGCACGGCGGGCACCUCGCACUCCAGGGCAAGCUGGGCCUGCAAGCCAGACAGGGUUCAGCUUUCUUCCAACCAGCCUCGGACCCCCAAUUCCGUCUGAUGUCCAGGUGGCACCACCAUGCCCCUGAGGCCCAGCUAUUCCUUUACCAAAGGCGUGGAUCCUAUUACAGUUUCUUGAAGCUGCUUCUGGGCAGAGGAGAUGGGGCUGAGUCACGAGGGUGCCAGGCUGGUGGGAGCCACUGGCUGAAUCCAUUUUCCUUCUGGGAGAGGAAGGCUCAGUGGCAGCUCCGUGGUGGGGGGGCUGAGCUGGCCCUGCCUUCAGAACAUGGAUGGUGCAGGGUCACGGGCAUGGGGACAGGGAUAGGGAGGGUUGCAGAGUGGCUGUCACGCCCCCGGUAAGCCUCAUGCCAUCCCAGCUAGGGAUGGAGUCCCCAAAUGACACCCCUCUUUGCCCAAGCUCAUAACCUACCUGAGUCACACGGUGUGUUACUGAUGGCGAAUCCCUGAGUUCUGCAGCAGCCUCUAUCUUUGCCUCCUCAGAAGAAAGCGUUCCACUGGGCUCGAUGACUCAUGCCUAUAAUCCCAGCACUUUGGGAGGCCCAGGCAGGUGCAUCACCUUAAGGGAGGGGACUACCCCUCAUAUUGUCUAAUGCCCAAUUUCUGCCUCCAAAGAAAGAAGUAAAAACUAAAAGGCAGAAAUGAAAUCCACAGGCAGACAGCCCGGCGCCACACCCUGGGCCUGGUAGUUAAAGAUCAACCCCUGACCUAAUCGGUUAUGCUAUCUAUAGAUUACAGACAUUGUAUAGAAAUGCACUGUGCAAAUCCCUAUCCUGUUUUGUUCUGAUCUAAUUACCAGUACAUGCAGCCCCCAGUCACGUACCCCCCGCUUGCUCAAUCAAUCACGACCCCUCACACACACCCCCUUAGAGUUGUGAGCCCUUAAAAGGACAGUAAUUGCUUACUUCGGGAGCUCGGCACUUAUAAACCCUUUCCUUCUA